AUGAAGAAAAGAUGUCCGUACUGUCAGAUUUGCUUGUUUGGAGAAGUCACCCAUGGUCACCCAUGCCUAGAGCCAAAUCAGGCUGAUCUGAUCAUUCCCUCUGGGGUCAAUGAUGGGAUCAUGCUCUGGGACCUAAAGAGCCCUGGAGUGAUCAUCACUGAUGUACACAGACGAGCUGGACUGAAUGAAGAGCAAAAUUCAGAGUGUGUAUUGUUUGUUGUAAACAUGGAAUUUGUUGAAAGAUAUGUAAAUAAAUAUGCCUCAGGUGAUUACCAUUCAUGUGCAGAUGAGUCUUUGACACAUCAGUUUAAAAGUCUACUGACACAGUGUCAAAGUUACAACAAUAAAGUAAAAUGUAAUCAUCUUGCAAAAAUGGUAAAGAAAAUUAAAAUGGCUAAUGAAAUAUUAGCAUUAUUAAAGAUGAAAGUUAUUGCUGAGAAUAAGGCAGAACAGUGGAGAAAUGAGAAGGCCCAGUUUAGAGAAGACUUGGAAAAGUUUGGUGAGUCACUUAUUGUAGCAGCGAGCACUUCAGAAGAGCAUAUUUCAGAAUUAGAAGAACUGAGGGAGAAGGUAGAACUGUUAGCUAAACAGAAUGAUUUGUUAGAAGAAAAGUUGAAGGAUUGUGAGUAGAGGUGGAGGCUCAGAGAACAACAGGUGAUAUCUUUAGAAAGCAAGGCUGGAUAUGAACUAAAUGUCACAGUAAGUGUCUGCCCUGUUACUGAGCAAGAGAUAAAAGAUGGAGAACAAAGUAUGAGACCACAAACAUGAU